UGAACGAUGCACAAACCUUUGCCUGUCGGAUAAUAAAAAGUUUAAAGUGAUUCAACUUAACUGUCAAAUCGUUAAAUGCGUAAACUUCGCGGAACUAAAAAAUAAUUUUUAUUAAAUAAAGUUUUGCUACAGUAAAAGUUAAGUUUAAGGUGCUAUUGAAUAUAAAACAUUAAAAUGUGGUAAACUUUUCAAAUUACAACGGCGCUAAUGCUCAAUCACGAUAUCAGAGAACUGUGAUGAAAACUACUUGUUUUUGAUAUAAUGUACUCCGAAUUAAUAUUAAUUACGAUAAUAUGUCUUAUACACGAUCCUCAAAUAGCAAACGCUGCAGUCGGCGAAACAGAUCUAAACGAUUUAUCAGAACAACAGCAUUCUGUUGUGAUUAACAAAUGCUGUGAAGAAAACGAAGUUAUGGUUGACUCUGUAUGCCGACUAGCCAAUAAGUAUAACCAAAGUACAUGGAUACCUAAAUUUAAAACGGAAGAUGGUAAAGAUGCUAAACUGAAAUACUUCAAGUAUUUAAAUGGUGUACCUGACUGUGCUACAACACAACAAAGGCCUAUAUUCUAUUUUGGAAAGUCGGAAGAUGAGUUAAAUUUACUAACUGAUGGUAGAUUGAGACACCUAAUUCAUCAUGAACAUAAUGUGGAUAGUAUCAAGGAUGACUCGAUAACCAACACAUAUUCCUUACAUGCUCCUAUUGUGUUACCUGAAGUUAAAGAGCCAUCUUCAUAUAUUCAUGAUCAAAAUAAAUACUGUAUGGAUAAGAUAUAUAUGACAAGCACAAACUUAACUGGUGAAUAUGCAUUAGUUUGUGUGCCUGAAGUGAAAAUUAAUUGGAAAGAUACAAGUUUUCUUAUGCGGAAGAUUUUAAAUCCUUUAUUCCACGCUAUUGCUAUGGUGUUAUUUUUAUUGACAGCUAUUAUAUAUUUUGUAUUGCCUACAUUACGUGAUCUCGCUGGUAAUAUAAUAACAAGUAUCAAUAUAUGUUUGAUUGUCAGUCAAGCGGCAGAUUUGGUGCGAAUAUUUACUGAAUACAGUAAUCAUAUCAGUUUCAUAAUUACAGAUAUUAUUUUAUAUGUGAGUUUACUGGGUGCAUUCUUCUGGUUGAACAGUUUCGGAUUUUAUAUCUGGAAAACAUUCAAAUCACGGAAUGUAUUUCUAAGAGUGACUGACGUUCGCAAAUAUUGUUACUAUUCGAGUGUGGUUUGGUCUAGUGUUAUAUUAAUGACAGCACUUGCCAUUUCUGCACAUUUCCUACUGGACACCGGAACUAAUCCAUACAGAAAGACUCGAACGCAAUUCUCAUCGUCUAUCCUAAUUGAUGAUGUGGAACAAGAAACUAUCGGAUGGCUGGGUAUAGCAAUAUUUUUCACACCCGUUGCAUUUACAAUUCUGUUUAAUAUAUUCUUCUAUAUAACAACGCUCAAAGUAAUUAAACGGAUCAAUAUUUAUGGGAGGAUUCACUACAAAUUGAAGGGCUGCUUUAACUUGUUCCUUCAGUUAUUCUUAAUAAUGACAACGGCCUGGCUAUUUCUGCUUCUAUCAUGGUUGAACUUUGAUGGAUUGAUAUAUGCACAUAUUGUAGUAAAUUUAUUGCAAGCAAUCUUAGUAUUCUACGUAUGUGUUGGCCAUCAGUCGCAUGUUACAUUUUUAUUGAGGAAAAGUUGUUGCUACGCUGAACCAGUGCCCACCGGAGAAUGGGGAGAUGAAAUGACUCAUAUGAACGGUGACAUUUAUUAAUUACAAUCCUUUGGACCGAAUGCGCUUUCGCUACAA